CAUUAACCAAGAUGGCGCUGGGCGACAGAGAAAAGUGAUGAGAGAAUAGAAACAACAAGCGGUACAACUAUAUAACAGUGUGCAUUUAUUCACCCUGUGCGACUGUGUGAAAACCGGACUCCUAUCUUAGUACUGGCGAGCUGUCAAGCGCUUGCUGAGAGACCUCAACGGUCUACGGAGACAUAAUUAUUCAGCUAACUGUUUGCUAACUAGCUGCUAAAGUAGCUAGCGGAGCUAACGUUCGCUAACUGCGGAAGGCGAGUGAGGAGAAGCUGGCAGCGGCUCCAAGUACAAGCCGACAAACCGAGCGGAUAUUUUAAUAACAAGCGACCUCUUCUUUUCAGACUUUGACUUUUGUUAAGGAGUUUGUGGCUCGGACCGGGUCAUUUAAACUAGGGGUCGGUCAGGAAACUCUGAUAAGGGAAGCAGAAAAAGACGAGGAGAGGCGUCAUCUUUGCUGAUCUGACGCCAUGGCUCAUUCCCCGAUUCAAAGUGGACUGCCGGGGAUUCAGAAUUUCAGAGCUGAUCCAGAGGAGUUUUUUACUAAGCUGGACAAAAUAGGAAAAGGGUCUUUUGGUGAAGUUUUUAAAGGCAUCGACAGUCGGACUCAGAAAGUUGUGGCCAUUAAAAUUAUUGACCUGGAAGAAGCAGAGGAUGAAAUAGAAGACAUUCAACAGGAAAUCACAGUUCUCAGCCAGUGUGACAGUCCCUUCAUCACCAAGUAUUAUGGAUCCUAUCUUAAGGGUACAAAAUUAUGGAUUAUCAUGGAAUAUUUGGGUGGAGGAUCAGCUUUGGAUUUGUUGGAACCGGGUGCCCUGGAUGAAACACAGAUUGCCACAAUUUUGAGAGAGAUCCUGAAAGGGCUGGAGUAUCUACACUCUGAAAAGAAAAUCCACAGAGAUAUCAAAGCUGCCAACGUGUUGCUGUCAGAACAAGGCGAUGUGAAGCUGGCAGACUUCGGAGUGGCAGGCCAGCUCACAGACACUCAGAUAAAGAGGAACACAUUUGUUGGUACUCCUUUCUGGAUGGCGCCUGAAGUCAUUAAGCAGUCAGCCUACGACUCAAAGGCAGACAUCUGGUCAUUAGGAAUAACAGCAAUAGAGUUGGCUAAAGGAGAGCCGCCGCACUCUGAGCUUCACCCUAUGAAGGUCCUAUUCCUCAUCCCAAAGAACAAUCCACCAACACUGGAGGGAAACUACAGUAAACCACUUAAAGAAUUUGUUGAAGCCUGUUUAAAUAAGGAGCCCAGCUUUAGGCCAACUGCCAAAGAGCUGUUAAAACACAAGUAUAUUGUAAGGCACGCCAAAAAGACGUCCUAUCUGACGGAGCUGAUUGACAGAUACAAGAGGUGGAAGUCUGAGCAGUCCCGGGACGAAUCCAGCUCUGAUGAUUCUGACGAGGAGCCAAACGGCCAGGCGUCUGGAGGAGAUGACUCUGCCAAUGAUGACUGGAUCUUCAACACCAUCAGAGAGAAGGACCUCAAAAACUUCCAGAAUGGGGCAGCACAGCCUGCUGAGCUCGAAAGGACACAGGUGCAGGAGAGUCCAAAGAGGCCUUUGUCACAAAGCUUAUCCACAAUCUUUUCUCCAUUGUUUACUGAGCUGAAAGAAAAGGGCGAGACAAAUAAUGGCAAGCCGGAGGCUGCAGACGAGCUGCGGGAGGCCAUCUUCCUGGCAGAAGAGACACACCCAGGGAUCUGUGACUCCCUGGUAGCUGAACUUGUGCAGAGGCUUCAGAGGUUUUCUGUGCCUCAAGCAGCCGCCAGUCACUGAGAGGAGCUACAUUCAGCUCUGCUCUAAUUUUCCACCCUGGUGGCAGCAGUCAGAUCUUUUCCUCUGACCUCCACAGCCGGGAUGAAGUCUCCCAGGAAGGUCUCCAUCACGCAUUUGCCUGAAGCAAAUCCUGGCCUACUUAAUGUCUGUUCAUACGCUAGCACACCACCAGAGGCUCCUAUUCAGGACAGUCAGUGGCCAGCCGAUCAGCUUCCACCAUGACUGCCACCUGCUGUAAGAUGUCCCUUCUCAAUACCUCCUUCACAACUGUUUUUUGUUUGUUUUUUUUCUAUUUUUGGUUUUGGUGAGUUUGUGGCUUUUUCACAAAGGUUCAGUAUCCUUUUGCAGAAAGUACCUUGCUUAAUGAAUUGUGUGCUUGCGCGUGUGGCUGUGCGAGAUAUCCUGUGAAAUGUGCAGUGAAGAAGAGUGACGAGUGGGUUGAAGCAUUCUAUUGAAAACUCAGGUAUCCUGCUUUAAGUGGAUUGGGUCCUCUGGGAGACGGAGAGAGCUCUAUCGGGUGGUUGUACAGACUUGUAAAUAAGCUAAUUUCUACAGAUUCAUGAAAAAAUAAUGGAGCGUUUGUAAUGGAACCACUGUGUACAAAUGGCCAAAUGCAAACUGUAGAUAAUGGUUGUGAGGUAAAUAUUUUGAGAGACUAAAAUGGCCAUACAUGAGAUUGCCUUGCCUUUCUACUUGUUCUUUUGUAUAUCAGUCUUUGAUUUCUCGAGUUGUAAAACUUUUUCAGUACUCAUCCAGUGAAUGGAAAUGGCUGCCCUCUAUCAUGUUUUACUAUUGAUUUAUUAUAUAAUUCUCUUUUGGUUUCACACUCUAUGCUGUGGCUGUAAUAAUGUUGGAGAAUGUAAAAAAAAACAAAAGGCUGGAUCGAUGAAGCCCCCGCCAGUUUUAAAACACUGGAUGCUCUGCUGCCAGCCCCGAUUCCAUAAUGCCUCGAGUUGUGUUGGUUUGUUGGACUUUGCCUCAUCCUUUCUUUUUUUUGCUGUGUGUUUUUGGCUGGUUAGAUAAACUGAGGUUUUGUCCAUUCAUUCCAUUAACAGGGCAGUGCCAUCAUCUAGUUUUUAACUCAACAGACUCUGUUAGUCUUCCUAGGAGCUGCAGUGGUACUAUCUAUCUCCUCAGCGUACCUACAGCUUUAAUUGCACUUAAAGUAUAAAUGCCUUUUGACUAUAAACAAAGUAGCCAUAAUACAGUAGCACGAGACUUACAGUGUUUUACAGGUAUGCUAUCUGGGACAAAAAAAAAGUCCGCCUGAAGUCUCGCAGCUUGGAUUCUGGAGUUGGUCAUGCAGUCUAAUAUUUGCCUGGCUGUAUCUUUCCAUUUGGACUCGUGAGAGGUUUUCCAGUUGUACAGUAAAUGCAUAUGACUUCUCACACAGUAGAUAACACUGCUCUCAGAUGUACAUAUUAACAUAAAGCCAGGAGGUGUUCAGAGACCAGCCGCACUGCUACUACUUCUGACUGUAGUUUUAAAAGGAAUGUGCAUGACAGUUUAACAGUAUAAAGCCUAUCGCUCGGCCUGCGCAGUAUGCGUUGUAGCACACUGCUGCAGGAUGGGAGGAAUGUCGAGUCCUGAACAGAGUUGAACCAGCCUUAGAGUAUUUGUAAUGAAUGGGAUGAAUAGUAUCAGCUUUAAAAUGUUAGAUCCAAUGCUUUUUGUUGUGAUUUCUCUUUGUUUCCCUCUCUGGCAUUAAAAUGCAUUUGCAGCAAUACUUUUAAAAGAUGUAAGAUCAAAGAUAUUUCUGUCAUUCCUUGCCAGUGUGAUGCAUGCAUGGACAAAUGGACUCAUCUUUCUUCUUCUCAGAUGAGAGGCAUUUUCAUCAUUCUUAUGGAGUCAGAUUAUAUAUCAUUAAUGCCAUGGGCAAUAUACGGUACACAGAAAAAAGGGCAAGUUAAAAUGAGUUCAGCAUUUGGGAAAUAUGAUUAUUUGCUUUCUUGGAGAGGGAGAUGGGCUCACACUGCAGGAGUUUUUUGCCGAUUUAUCCCAGAUUCACUGAAUGAUUACGUUGGUACGAAGCAGCUGACGGUGUUGAGAUAACAUUAUAAGAUACUGCUGUUGACAGAUAUUAGAACUCAGUUAAAAUGUCACCUCCAAUUCUCGCUGAAGAGUAGAUAACCCGUGUUGACGAGAGGUGAAUUGUUAAAGAUCAGUAUUAUCUUAUAUUUUUCCGUAAAAUAUUUGACUAAGCGGCUAGCUUAGCACAGUGUUUAAAAGUGGGAUGAAACAGGUAACAAAAUCUGCCUACCAGCACCUCUAAAAUUCAUCAACUAACACGUUAUAUGUUGUGUGUUUAAUUCGUACAAAUAACUGAAGUGUAAAACAGCCAUGCGGCAUCUUUUAGGGGGUUAUGUGUAGAGCGUUUCUUGGCUCAGACCACUAAUUCCCUGGAGUCUCUACUGGUUACCUAGCAACAAAAAAUUUGAUUUGUUGCUUUUCUGUAGCUUCACAUUUCCUGAAAGACUGAAGAGCGUCAUUCACCCUCUUAUGUCACUCACCGCAAGAAAGCGAAAAAGCGUAUUUCCCAUAAUGUCAAACUUUUUUUACUUUAACUCCUUUUAAUUGUAUUAUUUCAACAGACCAUUUUCUUUCCAUUUCUCUAUAAACACUUUAUUUUUUUCUUUUCUGCUUGCAAAUUGCAUUGGAAUAUACAGUUUAAUGAGUAAAAGUCAAUAUUUUGUCCAAAUUAGUAAGUAGAAACUGGAUAACUACAUCAAGAAAAGGUACAAGACUCAAGGAUUUCCAUUUUUACUGUUUUCCUUUGUUUUUUUUCUGCUCUUUGGUGAAAAAUUACUCUCCAGUCAAACUUCUCAUGUGAAAUGUGCCAUGCUCUCCAUCCCAAACAGACAAAUUCAAUACAAUUUGCACCUUUUACAUGGUCUGUUAGGACUCUACCUUUUUAUGUGUUGCACUUUGCAAUUUUUUUUAAUGGUACUUAAAGGGACAGUUCACCCAAAAUUUGAAAUAGCAUGUUUUUCCUCUUAG